UAUUAGAGAAACCAUCGAUUCUGCCACGCGUAAACGCGAAAGAGGUUAUUAUAUCUUUCACUAGGAUAAUUUGUUUCAACGGAAAAAUUAAACGGAAACAAAAAUAACGUAUAAAAAUGUCGGCAAUUGCGGUGAUUGGAAAGUUCCUUCAAGAGUAUACGAAAACUACUCCGAAAAAGCUCAAAAUUAUUGAUGCUUAUUUACUGUAUGUGUUUUUGACGGGUGUCAUACAAUUUGUGUAUUGCUGUCUUGUUGGCACUUUUCCAUUCAAUAGUUUUCUAAGUGGUUUUAUAUCUUGUGUCUCUUGUUUCAUAUUAGGAGUUUGUCUUCGAUUACAAGUAAAUCCACAAAACAAAAGUCAAUUCUAUGGAAUAAGCCCGGAGAGAGGAUUCGCUGACUUUAUAUUUGCUCAUAUUAUACUUCAUAUCAUCGUAAUGAACUUCAUUGGUUGAAAGAAAUAUUUCUUUCUUAAUAGUUUAUAUCAAUUUAAUCGGAAUUAAUAAUCAGGAAUAUAUUAAUGAAGAAAAUCGCACUUUUAUAUAUUAAAAACAUAAAUGCAAAGAUUAAUAAAUCAUUUUGAUUCGUUCUAAUUCAAUGUAACAUAUUUUUGUCAUAGAAGAGAUGUUUUAAAAAAAAAAGAAAAAUUAUAAAAAUUAUUAAAAAAAAAAUUGAGUAAAUAUAUAUAUAUAUAUAUAUAUACUUAAGAAAAAAAAUAAAUCAUUUGAAAGAAAUUCAUUCAUUACUUGUUUCCUUUUCUCUUUGUUUUAUGCUAAAGACAAACAAUGUAUAACUACGACAAUCUAUAAUACAUUUUAUUUGUCUUAUUUUUCAUACAACCUUUUUUGGGGAGCGGGAGCAGGGGGGGGGGUGGGAUAACAGGAAACUUUAUGUUUCUAAAUUUAAUACAUAUUUUAAACUCAAUAUUUACAAUGACAUUAAAAGGGGGGACGGGGGGAUCUCUAUCGCGUAAGUGCAUAAAUUUCACAUAUACGAAAGGACCAUUCUUGCACCGUCAGAUGUUUUUUUUUCUUUUUUCUUUUUUUUUUUUUUUUUCAUAUUUCGAAGAAAAAUUCUAUGGUGCAAGAGUACAAAUCUUUUGCCUUUAGAAAAUACCAUUUAUAAAUAAAUUCACACGAAUAUUUUUACAAUAUAUAAACUAUCAGAUAUUAAAUAUUCAAAUAUAUAUGAAAAAAAAAGAAAGAAAAAAAAAAAAAAAACGAAAAAAUUGAUUACUUUUCUUUCUUUCAACUAAAUAUCUUAUUUAUUCGAUGAACGGAAACAAUUUUUCAAAGCUCUUAAAUGUAUAAUUUCAUUAUUUCUGAUUUAAUACUAAAAGCUAGAGUGGAAAUGCUAAAAUUUCACUUGGCGAAUUGCCAUACACAAAAAGUUGUUUCUUCACAACAUGUUUAUAUCUUAUUUCCUACCUAAGGGUGACUUAAAAACUAUAAAAUAAAUAGCAUCUUUAAUAAGAAUAAAAAUAAAAAUAAAACACAUGGUAUAUGAGAAUAUGGAUAUUGCUAUAACUUAAAAUAAUAUUCUAUUUGUAUGAGUUUAAAGCCAGUUAUUAAACGAUGUAUGAAUAUCAUACAGACAUACACGUUAUAUUAUAUCUUUGACCGUACGCAUAAAUGUAAGUGUGUAUCUAUAAGAAGUUUAAUUAUAUCACAUAAGCAGCCAAGGAAACUCAAUAAACAUAGUUAUGAUUCGUUGUUAAAGUAAUAUAUAGUUAUAACAAAAGUAAGGAUUUUUUUUUUCUUUUCUUUUUUCUUUUUCUUUUUUUUUUUCAAUAUAAGAAUAAAUAAACUAAAAGUCGUAAAAUUUGCGAAAUACUUCAUCAAAACAAGAAAAGUCUUUUUAAGAUGUAUUUCUGUUUGUGUGUGUGUGUGUGUGUGUUUGUGUGUGUCUGUAUGUGUGUUCUCUGUGUGUGUGUACGUGUGUAAAUGUUAUAUGUAUAUUAUAACUUAAAAUACAAAUUAUAUGUUUGUCAAAUAUGAAGUUAACGAACAAUCUGCAUAUUUCGCUCCUUAGCGUGAAUUCAAUUUGUUUAUCUAUUUCUUUUUUUUCGUUUGAUUUUUUUUUCCUUUUUUUUUUUCGUUUGGAGGGUUUUUCUUUUUUUUUUUUUUUUUUUUUUUUCUUUUUCUUUUUCUUUUCUUCUUUCUUAAUACGCAAACUGCACUAUUAAUUUUCAAGUACAAUGCCUAAAUAUAUUUGUAUAUUAAAAAUGUAGAACGAAAAUCGAAAUAUAAAACUAAAAUAUAGUAAUACGGAUUAUAUAUUAUGCAAAGCUUUCGAUCGACCGAUAACUAUAGCGAUGCUCCGAAUAUAUAAUAUGAAACAAUUAUUAAUAAAGCGUAUGUCUGUGUCUCUGUGUGUGUGUGGCUGUGUUUGUGGUGAGUGAAUGAGUGUAUGUGUGUGUGUGUGUGUGUGUGUGUGUGUGUGUGUAUGUAUGUAUAAUUGUGUUUGUAUGUUUGUGUCUUUUACACAAUUCAAUAUAUUACUAACAUUCGAUCUGUCGAUCGAAUUUACUCUCUCGAUGUAGAAUAAGAAUAUAUAAUACGUAUAUAGUAAUCGGUGAAAAGCAAAGGACUCGUCACGAUUCGAUCUUCGGUUUUACCAUUUGUUUUUUUUCUUUUUCUUUUUCUUUUUUUUUAUCAACAGCUUAGAACUCACUUUCAUUUGCAUAUCGAUAAAUAUUUCUCCUUUCCUUCUUUCUUUCUUUCUUUCUUUCUUUCAUUCUUUUUUCUUUUUUUGUUUUUUUGUUUUUUCUCUUACAAACGAGACAAUGAUCUUCACGCGAGAUUAUAAAUAACGCAUGUUAUUUAGUAGAAAGGUUAUAAUGAAAUAAUUCAUUUCAUGAUAAAACAUUCGUCUCCGGUUGCAGCAACUUCUUUUGCUCACUAUAAAUUGGCACGGGAUCAUUUAAAUUACAAUUAAUGAUAUUACUAUAAUAAUAAUAAUAAUAAUAACAAUAAUAAUAAUAAUAAUAAUAAUAAUAAUAUUAAUAAUAAAUGAA